GGGAAACGUAUUCCUUUGUAUCAACAAUUCGGCACUCUUGUCUACCUAUCGACCUAUCUGGACUGCCUGGGUUGAAUAGCCAUACAUAUCUGGACUCUGUUAUUGGUUCUGAUUCCACUAUCGGCCGACAAUACAAUCUCGCAAAGGCUGAACGCCUCGUUCGAUAAUCGCCCUCAAUACGAACCAUUGUAACUAACGGCUACUGUCCCUCAAUUACCGUCCCGUGGCACCCGCGCGGAUCUGUCCAACAAACGAAGCCAAACCCAACUUCGGGCCUGAGCUUUGAGCUCUUUCUCUGCAAACAGAAGCAAUAGUAACAUUUUUGCUUUAUUCGUCGGGGACCGCUCCCACAGCAGACAGUGACUUCGAGAGACGUUGAGGAUACCUGUUGUGUCAGAUUAUCUCGUUCCCAGUCGAAACUCUAAAACCAAGCCCCAUCUAACGACAUCCCACAUGCGUCGACGGUUACUAUUGACGAUCUGAUGCGCACGUGCUGGCCACGACCAAGCACGCUCCGCGCAGGGGUGGACAAGGCCGGCCUCUGACUGUGACGGAUUAUUUACAAGGAACAUCGACAACCAUGGCCUCUUCAGGUCUUCUCCCAAUCCCUUCAGCUGGUUCUGACUCGUCCAAUCGUCCCCGGAACAGACGGGUUGCCAGUUCCGGCCUCGACGGCAACGCCCCUACCACAGCGACAUCUACAUCAUUGUUGUCCGCCGGCUCAACUAGCUCGCCCGCCAGCCGUCGUGCGAGUCCUGGAGGCCUGAGGUCGCGGGCGAAUUCAGGGGGUAGAAGUCGCGAAUCUCUCAACUCGUCGCCAGCGAGGCGUCGAGAGGCCUACAGUAUAAAUGGGGAUUAUUCGAAAGCCUCGCUAGGGAAGGGCUUGUUUGAUGGGAGCUGGGCUCCAAGUUGGGCAUCAGUCCAGGGGCUUGCGUCAUCCCUUCUUUCGGGAGACGUUGGUGAUUCCGAUCGUUCGACGAGCCGAAAUGCCAGUCAAAGCCGGCGGUCAGUUUCUGCGCUCGAGCGAGAACGUACCCCCCCCGUGUCCGAGUCGUGGGGGCCGACGCCUCCGUCUAAACAGAGACCGCGACUAGAGGACGUGGCGGCCGGCAGUCUGGCUGAGCGAGAGGCAGCGCUGAGGGCUGUGCGGACCGCGAGUGUAUUAGAGAGCCACGAGGGUGUGAACGGUGGACUGGAUAUCACCAGAAGAUAUAAGAAACGGUCUUCAGACGAGGACUUGAGAGGCUCGGCAAGGUCACAGGAACCAGAAGAGUACCUUGCUUACAUUCACCAUGUCCAAAAGGACGACACGUACGCCGGUAUUGUCCUGAAGUAUCGAUGCAGAGAGGAUGCUUUUCGAAAAUCCAAUGGAUUAUGGUCGCGAGACAACAUAACAAUUCGCAAAUACCUAGUCAUACCGGUGGAUACCUGCGAGAUCAAAGGCCGCGCAUGCGACCCGCCAUCCUACUACUCAAAGGACGUCGACCUACUAGCGCCGACCCCUGCAACAGCUUCCGAAGACAAGAACGAAAGCACUCACGACGACUUCUUUGCGCCCCGGUCAAAUGGAAAGGCUCCAGAUCCACCACCCCAACCGGAUGAGACCCAUCCUUGGACUCACGUCAGGUGGGUGUCGCUGGAAUCGUUUUCACAGCCAGUGGAGAUUGCAAGAGUUUCCAGGAGGCAUACCGGCUACUUCCCACCACGUAGGAAGAAGAGUCAGCACACACUGUCGACGCUUUCCACGCCCAGAGAGUCCCUUGAUAUGAGCGGCAUUGGAUCCAAUGGGCAAAUUGACAGCCCCAAUAGCACUUCUUCCCGAAGACCAAGCAUCAUGUCGUCAGGAAGGCCGCCCGCACACGCAUGUAGUGCCUCUGUGCCUUCGGGGUCUACUCCCCGCAGCCGUGGAGGAAGCGUGGGCCCAGACGAUCCGCGACCAGCUUGGAUGAGGCGGCCGGGAGGUAUUGGGUCUUUGGGCAAACAACGUGCCCCAGGACCGGACAAAGACUACUUCAAUUCUUUUGCACGGAAACACUUCCCUGGUAUCAACAUUGACUCAAUGCCGUCGAUGUCGGUAAUGGGCUCUGAAACUGCACGUUUCGGCUUCACAAGUAACAACACCGGCAACUCAGCGGCUGGAAUAGUGGAGAGCCCGUUCAAAGAUGGUGAUGAUGUAGAAGCGAUAUCCAGACAAGGCACAGGCCUAGACAAAGCAGCAGCAGCAGUGGAAAUGUGGUUGCGCGGUGCAUUCGCCAAGCGCCCGCCGGGGACUCCGAAUUUUGGUGCCCGUAGGGCAACGUCGCAGCCUGGCCAGCACGAGGAUGGAAUUAGUGACUUGAUAGAGCUUGAGGACACCAACAGCGAAGACGGAAGGUCAUUCGGAGGGCCCUUGCUCGGCGGUGGUGGUGGAGACAGCCGCAUGCCCGCUACUAAUCAAAUGGUUAUGCCAGGCUCGUCCACUGCCGCCGGAAGCUCUGGAUGGAGUGGGGCAGAUGGUGCUACGCUUCGUGGCAAACCUAGAGGAAGUGUGGUUGUUGGUAAGGGCAAGAGGUCCGAGUGAAAUGAUAUGAAGACAUGUCAUCUCGGACACUGUGAGGCCCAGAACGUUAUAAAUGCAAAUGGGAACCACGCAGAGCAUGAAUCGGCGUUUUCUGUUGCACCCUUUAUUUUUCCUUUGCUUUUUUCUUUUCUUUUUACUUCUUCUUGGAUAGGAUCUGUAUAUACAGUGGGGUAUUUUGGCUUCUUCAGGUUUCAGCGUUUGCACAAGAUAAAUUUGGAUUUCUAAGCUGGCGUUGUCGACAGGUGCUGGUAUCCUCACCACAUGUUUUGUUCUUGCGGAUGACUGAAUUAUAGAAACAACAUCGAUAUGAAAAUCAUCACAGCACAGGUUUCAACAUACAGA